AAUGGCGGCCAAUAGCUACCUGAACGAAAUGCGGCGGUACUUUGAAAAUAACUCCAGAACGAAAGACAUUGUUGCUCAUACGGCCAAGGUGAGUAAAAAAAAACGAAUGUUAACUUCUCUAUGUUGCCUAAUAUUUAUUUUUAUGCGUAGUCGGUCACGUCACUGUAAUUUGGGGCAUGUUUUUUUAGGUUCACUCAGUAGCGUGGAGCUGUGAUGGAAGAAGACUUGCAUCUGGCUCCUUUGAUAGAACUGUCAGUAUUUUCGUGUUGGAAAAAGAUCGUUUGGUGAGUUAUUUAUGAGAGGUGCCAGAAAUGCUUUUUGAUUCAUGUACACAAAACACUAGCGAGAAAUAGGAAGCUGUAGUCCGGGAUAUCCUGUAAAAAGCACAGGGCAACCACACAAUCUGUUUGCGUAACCGAUUGUUAUUUUAUAGUAAAUGUACUGGAUUUACCGUUUGCCUCACCUAUACCGAUAUAUCGCUAACUAUGUAUAUGAAUCAAUGAUAAAUAUACGUUGAAUUACCUUACCUGUGGUAUAUAGUCGUCCUUUUGUCUGAAAAGCGGUUUUUUGAGCGAUUUUGAAGUUUUCGACCUUUUUGCUGCGAAGUUUGAAAGCGGAGCAGUGCGAUUUUCGUGGGAAAAAUCGCUCCGGUGCUGGAGCCCUUUCAAAACAAGGAUUCCUCCCUUUUCCUUCUAUCAUAAGGAACAGUCAACGGCGAACUCAAACUCCUUCAAAUCGCUCAAAAACCACUUUUGAGGCAAAAGGACGAAUAUAUACCACAGGUAAGGUAAUUCAGCAUUUAUUUAUCAUUGAUUUAUAUGCAUAGUUAGUGAUAUAUCGGUAUAGGUGAGGCAAAUGGUAAACCCAGUACAUGUACUAUAAAAUAACAAUCGGCUACAAAAACAGAUUUGUGUGGGUGCCCUGUGGUAAAAGUAAAAAAAACACUCCAUAUUAAGCCUUAUAUAUGUUUAAGGCUAUUGUUUAUUUCAUUAUUAUAGUGAUACAUUAUUAUAUCCAAAAUCAAAAGAAAAUGAAGUUUAAACCUAGGAGAAAACUAAAUCACAACAUGUUUGUAAGAGGAAAGUCUAAUAGAGCAUUCUAUUUCCCUUAUAUUUAAUCAAUCAAUGUUCACAUACAUACUUUUAAUUGUUUGUAUACCUCACACCUGUAUAUAUCCUAGUUAAUGCAACUAGAUCUUAAUGUUUUAGAUAGGCAGGUCCACAUUAGGCUCGAUUACCAGCCGCUGUUCGGGAAAAUGAGCCCGCACUCAUCCCCCGAAAGAGCGGCUGGACGCGUGCGAUUUCUUUUGUUAGUUUAAGCCAAUCAUGUUACCGCCUGCAGAUUUUCGUCUGGCAAAGAUUGUCGCAGAAAUUAUCACAACAAAAUUUAUCCAUCGCAUGGCGAAGCGAUUUCGACAGCUUGGAGACCCUAGACGAAAUUCUAGAGUAGGAAGGAACACAACGUUUUGUUCGAUUGUUCGUUGUGAACUUUUCCUUUAAUGAUUGUUGUUGGAGAGAUUUUGCAUCUUCAAGGAUCUUUUCAAGGCGCUUUAAGUCUCGAUAACUGCGUUCGUUACAGAUGUAACCGUCCACGUUUAUAUUUGACAGAGGAACAUUCAAUACGCUGGAAAUUCUGUCCGGUAAAUCAGAAACUUUUCCAUUUAAUUUGGUCCGCUCCCGAGAAUCAGUCAGUUCGGACCCACAGAAGACGCAACCAAUAUUCGAAGAUCAAAGAAAAUUAACUAUGUGUCGCCGUGUACAGAAAUGUAACGGAGAAUAUUUUUCACAAUGUAUGGAAAAGUGUACCGAAAAAGCUAUUUCGAAAGUCAUUUGGGUGGGUAAGGGAGCACUUGAUGCAAUUUUGAGCCAAAUAAAUAAGAAAAUUGGAGACCGGUUUCACUUCCAGUGACAUCGAAGACGCCUGAAUUAUCAAUUUUCCAAUUACGUCACAGACAAGGUCAACGGGUCACGCGUCCAGCCGUCUCUCUUCGGGGAGGAUCAAAGACCGGACCCGGGAGACGGCGGAAAUCGAGCCUAGGUCCACAUCAGCCUCUGGCUGACUUUUACCAACCUGCGUUAACAAAUAAAGCUAUGUAUGUAUGUAUGCGUGUAUGUUUUAAAUCGUUUCUGUUUCUCACUGUGUUUCUUUAUCCCCUUUUUAAUCACUCCCGUGCCCCUUCUCUUCUAAAGAAUAAGAGCUAGCUCAAACCAUGAAUUUGCUUCAGUUUGUCCAGACUUCUAAAGGUAUUGUUAAAGGUGACCAAAAUUACUGAGAUUCAUAUUCCUAUUGAUGAUUGAAAAUAACCAAACUGGUGAUGGAGAAAUUUCAUUGCAUUAGUUUAUUGUACUAAUAAAAGUCAAGGUCAGGGUUGAUUGAUACAGCUGUACAUACAUACAUACAUAUUAGUAAUCACACGAGUAAUCAUUGAUCGUUUAUUGUGACAGUGCUGUUUCGUAUGUUCUGAAAUUGUAGGACCACACUCAUCAGGCAACUUCAACGAUUGACCGUUGAAAUUAAAAUUGGGUGGUUGUUAUAGGGAUGUGUUAAGAGAUUGUAUCUAGGUAACAGAUGAGUUGUGUCUUAGUUACGUUACUCUAGAGUUCUGAAGUACUUAUCUGUUUCUGUGGGGGCAUAAACUCAUUAGUUCGUUUCGCCUGUUUAGGCUACAAAGCUCUAUUUUACAAAUGAUGAUGAACUUUUCAUAAAGACAAAGAUUACAUUUUUUGCUAAUGUUGCUAUAGGGUUUACAUUUCUUUAAAACUUUCCAUUUUAUCUGGAAAGGUUUCUUAGAGUCUUGUAAAAUCCAAAUAUAUUUUGAGAGUUCCGUUUCAUUUCUUCUGUUCGAGUGUCGAAGGGAGGACUGAUCAUUUUUGUAAUGUUCCUUAAAGUUUGUUGCCAGUCCAAUGUAAGUUUCAGUUGUCGUCGCUGUGAUUACAGUGGCUUGGUAGAAUACAUUUGAUUGGAGACAUUUUCCUUCAAGUGGACAAUCUGGUUUCUUUCUGCAAUUGCAGGUGUCAGGUUGUUGCGUUGGUGAGCUGAAAUUUGAAAGAAUGUACUUGUUGUGGGAUGAGAUGACAGGUUUCAUGUUAGGCAUGCAUGAGUACAUGUAGCUCAGUUUUUGUGUGUGUCUGUUGAAAAUCUUUUGGAGUGGGUAGUUUUUUAGAAAGCAUUUGUCGAUGAUGUGCAGAAAUUUUCUACCAAGUUUAGUUCUGACGUUUGAGUUGAAAGGAGGGUUGUACCAUGUGAUGUUUCUUGUUCGUUUUCUUUUGUUUUUCGGAGCUUGCCCUUGUGCGGGGUUGCAUGUUAACUUGUGUUCGUAUCUGUUUUCUGUUAGAGCUUUCUGGUAAGGGGCAAUGGAUUUGUCAAAUACUUCUUUGCUGGAUGAGAUGCUAAUUAACCUUUUGUUAAUGUUGAGUGGGAUAUUCUUUAGUAGUGCUGGGGGGUGGUUGCUCUGUUGGUGGACAUAGGACAGUUUAUUACUGGGCUUCAUGAAUGGCUUGUGGCACCCGUUUGUGAGGUUGAAGGUCACAUCAAGAAAGUUGACGACCUUUUUGUUAGCUUCAAUUGUGAUUUUAAGGCCAUUCGAUUUGAACACUUAACAGACUUCUUGCUUGGUUUUUUCAAUUUCUUUUAGAGUGGCCUUGCAAAUUAAGAGGCCAUCGUCACGGUACAGACCAACUUCAUUUUUGAAUUUUGGUGCUAUCAAGGAUAACAUGUAGGCUCCUAUUAACUCGCACGUUUCUCCUUCGUCGUAAGAGCCCAUGGUGACAUCAAACACUUUUUUUUUUUACUUUUUCGCAUGGGUGAUGAUGUGGCAGUCUUGUUAGGUGAUGGUGGUGAAUCGUGAGGCAUAGUUAAAUGCUUUCAGUAACACGUCUUCAGAUAUGGAUGGGUAAAAAUCGCAGACGUCAAAGGUGAUAAAUGAGUGUUUUUCCUUUUCCGGUAUAUCUUUAAACCAUUCUAUGGUAUCUUUGGUAGUUUUCCACAGGUUCACUUUAGUCGCUUGUGUAAUUUUGUGGUAUAUUAAGUCGAGGAUGUUUUUGCUGAUGAUGCCAAUUUCGGUUUUGCAUGGAUUAAUGAGUCUGCAGGUCGGGUUAUUUAUGAAAUCAGGUUUGUGGUCUCCUAGUGUUACAUACAUACAUACAUACAUACAUACAUACAUUAACUUUAUUUAUGUGUCAAGAAUAUUUACCUAAUGAAGAUAACUGGGGACGCCAAAUAAAAAAACAAAUACAUUUAGCUAGAAUUAAUAAUUCACAGUAAAACUAUAACAACCAAGAAACUACGUACUCAUGUUGCCAGGCUUGCAUUUCAUGAAAGCUUUUUUUUAACUCAUAGUUAUAUUAAUAUAACUAUGAAAUGCAAGCCUGGCAAUUACAGCCACAGUCAAGAACAUUAAUAAUGACCAUAGUGUGAAUCACACUCUUAAAAGAUUGUAGGCUAGGUUUGCAGCGAAGGUCUUGACUCAUCUUACCCCAAAGAUGGGGUCCAAGAUACCGUAUACUAUGCCUUUCAUAAGUAACAGUGCUAUAUCUGGAGAUAGGGAAGUCCACAUUACAUAGGUUGUAUUUCUUAUCAUAGUUUCAAAAGACGCCUGAAGAUGUCUAUUUUGCAGACUCAGUAUAUCUGCCCAAUUCAGGAGUUGUUCAUACUGUUGGUUUUAUGGUUGAAAACUGCAUGCAGAGUGCGUCCUGAGCCCUCUCCAGUUUUCUAGUAUUGACUGCUUUACAAAAAUGCCAGACAGUGUGACAGUAGGUGAGAUGUAUUGGUUCAAAGUGUCACAAUUAUAUUAAUAUAUCAUACUUUGUUUAAUUAUCAUUACCAGACAAAAGAAGCAACUCACAAAGGCCAUGGAGAAAGUGUAGAUCAACUCUGUUGGCAUCCUAGUAAUCCUGAUCUGCUUGUGACUGCCUCAGGUGACAAAACUAUCAGAAUAUGGGAUGCCAGAGGUAUGAUUGAUUGUUCUUCACAUGUUUUUUUUAAAAAAGAAUUUGUUAAUA